CCCGGCGCCGCCGCCGCCACCUUCCCGGCGUCAACGCGCCGCGGUCCUGCUCGACGCAACGUACGGCUUCGCUGCGAAGUGCGCAUCCUCGUGGCACUUUGCCGUACGAAGCGCACUAGCGGUUUCGGUGCUUGACUGCAUGGACGAUCAUGACGUCCUAUUGUACAAUCUGGUUUCGGAACUGCCGCCGCCGCUGGUGCUGCGGGUGCUGACGCCGCUGGUGGGGCGGUUCCAGCCUGCGUGGGUUGCGGAGGAGUGGCGGGCGGUGGUGGCGGAGGCGUAUCCCGGUGUGGAGCUGUCGUCGAAGGUGCCGCGGCGGUGGGAGGAGAUGAUGUCGGAGCUGGAGGUGCUGCAGAACGUGCACCCGGGCACCGGUCUCGGAGUGCUGCAUGCGGCUCUGUCGUUCGACCCACGGGUCGGCAGCCUGAGGGCCCCGCCCAAGCCCUCACCACUGCCGCCUCCAUCGCCUCCCGCUGUGGAAGGCGCGGCGAUGGGCGCUUUAGAGGAGGAGUGGGCUGAGAUGUUAAAGCAGCAGCAGCAAAUUGGAAGCAGCAGCGGGAAUGAUAACGGUAACGGUAGUGACGAGGGUAGCGGUGAUGCUGCUUCCAUCGCCGGUGGUGAUGGUGGUGGUGGUGGUGGUGUGGUUGCCCCGGAAAAGAACGCUCGUAGGACUGCGAGGAAGAGCAGCAGCAGCAGCAGUAGCGACGUGACAAGUGCUAGUCGUAAGAGCAGGACUAGGAAGGGCAGUUGCGCUGCUCCUGACGCUGAUCCAAGCAGCAGCAGCAGCAGCAGUUCAGACUCUAGCAGCCCUAGCGCCGUUUGCGGCGACGGCUCGAAGGAGGAGAAACCAGAGCGGCGACAAGAGGGACAGCAGCCGAAAGAGGAGGGGCAGCAGGGGAAACCGCGGCGGGGUCGGCGGAAGUCCGUGAGUCCUGCAGAGGCACCAGCAGCACCGCCGUCAUCAGCACCAGUAGCACCGCCGUCACCACCACCACCACCGCCACUACCAGCGUCGGCAGCAGCAGCGGAAGCAGCAGUAACACAAGCAAAGUCAGCAGCAGAUAUCAACACAGCAGCGGCACGCAGCGACUCUGAGAAAAAGAGCCGCUGUGGCGGGACGGGGACGCGACGUGUGGAGCGUCCGCGGCGCCAACAGCAGCAGCAGCAACAACAACUAGAG